UGUCUUGUUCGCUGGUGUGUUGGCGUAGCAUUUUGACUGCGAAGGAAUUUUGACUUUGUCUCCGUAAUAACCGGUAAGUAGUUGCUAUUUUCUGUUACUUUUGUACAUUGGAGUAUUCUAUGUGUAUUUUUGUUCGUUUGGGCGCACGAAUUGUCGCCAUGAAUUAAAAAACCGGCCGUCCACGCGCAGAGUGUUACGAUUUCGUAAUAUACAUUUACAUUUGUAGUUUUUUCUCGUUGUAAUUUCUCUUCAUUUCGGAAUCGGUAUUGAAUAUUUAUUCUCUAGAUCUGUUUCCCUUGCCUUGUUUAAGCAGUGUGACUGUCAGUGGGCUGAUUGUGUUCUAUUUUCUGGCCUUAAAAUUUCACUUUUCUUAUAACGUUCGUUUGCUAAUUUCCGCAUGUGCUUGUUUCUAUACGAUGGGUCAAAUUCUUCGAUCGGUCUUUUCCUGUACCAGCCAAAAUACCUGUGCAUCACGUCGCUGUUUUCGUCUAAAGCAGUAAUUGUUGAUUUCUAUCCAUAUAACUCGAGUCUAUCGGUUCAAAAGAGAUUGUGAAUCGUAACAUUUCGAACGAAAGAUGGUUCUGGCCCGUCGAAUUUCCUGGUGACCGAGCACUUGAUGUUACUCGCAACUGUAGUUUCGUAUUGGCAGUGUUUCGGAAAAUAAACGCAAUUUUACUUGAAGUUUAAAAAUACAAAGCGAUUCCUGUGUUAUACCCGUGAUAAUAGAAACCUUUUUGAGAAAGAACCUCUAAUAAAGUUGGUAUUUUAAUGGCGAUCUCAAAUAACGCUCCUUUAAAUACAGAAAUGUUGACGAUGCGAUUGUCAAGUUAAUCCACGAACAGCGGGCGUGUUUUCACACGAUUUUCAUUUUUCCACGUCUAGUUCGGAUGAAGUACAUAAUAAACAUCCUAAAGUACUUGUUUGGUAGCCAUUGAUUUCCGCGCACACGUUAUUUCAUUUGUAAGUAUUUGUAGUCAAAGAGGAGAAGACAGCUAUAAUUUACAGAUGCUUCGCUGUCAUUACGUACCGAAGAACCUCUACACUCUUGUGAUUCUAAAAGUCUAGAGCCGUCGAUUUGUUAAACCCCAGUUGCCUUGAAAAGCCAAUUGUACCAAAGAUAAAUCAUUUUAACGAUAUUUUUUAUGUAGUUAACAGCUACACUGUGGUACAGGUAUGCCUUGAUAUUCUGCAAAAUCACAAAUACCUUGACUUUUGCCUAAAGCGUGUUGAUUUUUUUUAUCAAGAAAGUAGAUUCCGUAAUAAAUAAAUGAACUACCAAACUUGCAAGUAAUGAAAUAUCUUCCUAAAUCUAUACACUCACUGUAAUUGUGUGUCAGCUCUGCCCAUAAGAAACAAAGCACCCUUCUCUGGCUCUUUAAAGGGACCUUUAGACAAAAGGAGGAAAUUACAUGAACAUGCUUUGAUCUUUGGUUCAAUACAAGAGAAGUUUCUUAUAACACCUUUGUAUUGUUAAAGAGUUUUUGUUUUUUGAAGAAAUCAGGGAUUAGUAGAAACUGAAUUGAAGGCAAACCUUCGUGAUUGUCCUUAGUUGCUUUCUAUAUCGACAAAUUUGAUUAACCAAAUAAAAUACUGGUAAUUUGCAGCAAUUAAUAUUUAUGAAAUUCUUAUUUUUUUUUUUGAUGUAUGGAAACCAAUCAAUGUGACAUAGUUUUGGUAAAGGUGGACUUGAACACUUGUUAGGUUGUUUACAGGGCUAAAAACCUCUUUGGUAACCUUUUUUUUAGGAAUCAUGGGGCCUAAAAGAACUAUUUAAAUACAGUACUUCUCUGAAGUAAUUGUAAAGCUUGUUAUGUUCAAGCAGAUAAUGUUAGCUGUCUUGAUGUUAAUACUUGCCAAAAAAUAGGGUUACAGUCAAGAGUGACACUGGUUGAAUGUUUUUAAACUUGUAUGGUUAACAUAUGUAUGUGUUUGUGUUUGUGUUUUUAGAAAGGGUGUUAAUGUUCUAAUUUAAUUGAAAGUAAUGUCAUGCAACCACUUGAAAGUGAAAUUGGAGGACUGUUUGUGGAGAGGUAUAUAAGAUAUUUAAAAAGCUAAAAGUUCUACAUUAUUGAAAAAAAGCAUCACGUAAGUUACAUCAAUAAGUUAAAAAUCAUCUAAAAAUUAAAAGAGUUAAAAAGCUUUUUUAAAAAGAUAUGUUUUUAAAUGUCGUUUAAAAAUGUCUAUGGAACUACUGGAUCUUAGUUCAAGUGGGAUUGAGUUCCAUAGUCUUGGUGCCACCACAGCAAAUGCUCUCUCUCUAUAUGUUUUCAUUCCAGCUUUCAGGGUCACCAGGUGUUGAGAGGACGAUCUUAAUUUCCGUUCAGAGGUGUGGUAUUUAAAUAAUUCACUGAUGUAGGAAGGCACUGUUCCAUUGAGAGCUUUGUAGACCAGUAGGAGAAUUUUAAAAACUAUACGGAUUACAAUCAUCUCCAGAGUAUUAUUGUUAUCCUUUUCAAACUUUGGUGGUAUUCCUUUCAGUUGCAGAUGUAAAGAAUGUGACAUCUGCUUGGCAUUGCAUUGAACAAGUCUCCUUCAUCUUGAAACUAAUUCAAUACCUUUUCCUAAUCAUUCUUUGCUUUGUUCAUUUAUUCUUGAAAAGCUUUGGGUAAAUUUCAACCUUUGGGAUUACCCAAAACCAUGUUUGUGGGCUAUCAUCAAUAACUAGUUGGCUUCACAAGCAUUCGUAUUAACUGAGCCAGUCAUUUUUUACCAUUCAUAAUUCUACAUUCCUGAUUGAAGGCAUGAUGUUCAGGAAAGGAUAGCAUUCUUGCACUUAUUUACUCUCUUUGCAAGAUCUCCUUGCUAAUUUGAGCUAGGUCAUAGGCUGCUAUCAUCUCUUCUGCUAGAUGUGUUAAUCUUGGCUUUUGUCAGUGGUUAAGACAAUUUUCUCUUCAUUGGAAAACCCAUGAUGAAUUUUGAAACAGUCACAUUGAUCUUCAUUCCCUGGCCUGAUUGAGUCCCCAAAACACAAUAAACAUUGUUAAAAGAAAGCUUUUAAAGCCACUUUUGGGUUGUAUUUGUUUGUACAAACCUAGUUUGCUCACCAACUAGUUUCUGUGUGCUCAGUUAGCUAGACCAUAAGAUCUGAAGUUGUAAGGUUUGUUUCCUUGUGAGGGCCAGAAACUUUUGUGAAGGUUCAUGACAAAUGAACAAUAUCUUUCUUUAAUUUCCCCCCCUUAUUGGAACAACUGCAAGGAAGGAUUCAAAAAUUGAAAGCAUCUGGUGCUUUCCAAUGUUCAGAUUCAGCCAAAAGUUGUAUUUCUGAACUGUGAACCUGCUAAAACUGCCGUGUGAACUGUACCUGUCAGAAUGUGCUAAAGAAAUGUAAAAUUUUCUUGACAGAAAAUUGCUUAAAGUGUAUGUCAAUGUUGUAAGAGAGUGCUAGCUUCAAUAAAUAACAAAUGAAGAAUCAUGUUUGGUUUAAGUGACUUCCACUAAAGUCAUGUUGAUAAAGGAAGUUUAUUCAGUCAUGUCAACCAAAUGGUUUUUUUUUUUUGGACAGGGUUUUCUCAAAAUGUCUUGGGAUAGUUAUAUUGACAACCUAGUUGCACAGACUAAAGAUGCUGCUGGCACUGCUCAUGCAGACAGAGCCUGCAUCAUUGGCAUAGAUGGGGGAGCAGCAUGGACCACAAAUGGCCAUGCCUGUGCCUUACAGGUAAUACUAUGGUAGCUUCUUUGUACAUGUUUGUCAAAAAAAGCAUUAAAAAAUGCAUCAAGAUUUCAGCUUUCAGCUUUCAGUGGGUAUCUCACCACUUGAGAAGAAGUAGACAGUCUAAGAGUAGAAACUGACCUUGAUUCAGUGAGAUAUUAAGAGCAGUGGGCACUUGUUAAUUGGAACCCAAACUAAAAUUCUCAGCCGUUUACCUUCAUUUUACCCCUGGCACAUGUAAUUCAAAUGUGGAUGAGUUCAAACCUACUGUUAAUUGGAAUCAGUCUGUGUUCCCCUCCAGUGCCUGUAGUAAUUAACAGUUGGAGUUUCUAGAUAAAUGCUGUCCUUCAAAAUGAUACAGUGAGAUGAUAGUAAAACGCCAGUUAAAUUCAAAGUGCAUUUGCUGUUUUCAUGGUACAAUUUAUGAUAUAUUGUUUUUACCCAGUGUGUUUGUUGCAAAAAAGGAAUGAAAAUUCCAAGUUGAGAAAUUAUUCAGUUUGCUGGUUUUUGUUUAUUUGUUUUUUUCUUUUUUAAAAUAAAGAUCAUGAGGUAAUGCAGUGUGGGGAUAAUUGUUUGUUCAGUUUCAAAUCUGUCUGCAGCUCAAACUAUUAUUAUUAUUAUUAUUAUUGUAUUAUUAACAUGUUCAGUCAAUAUUAUUAAACUCUUUAUAGAAAUUGUAUUACCCUGUAGAAACAAUUUUUAUCAUAAUACAUUUAUUCAUUCAAUUUUAUUCUAUUUUAACCCUUCAACUCCUAAGAUCUUAUUAGUAAUUCUCCCUACUGUCUGUCACACAGUUCUUUUGAUGUUAGUUUGGAGAAUUAGGUAUAGGAUCAACUAAUAAUCCCCUCAUUGAUAUUUGUCUUUAUUCUCGUUACUUGUCUGCUUGGUACUGCAUUGAUAUUGUAAGGAGAAAUUGUAUCUUAGUCACUUGUGAGAGUUAAAUGGUUAACUCUCAUGAUCUGACUGUAAUUCUUUCUUCUAGCUGCUAAUCAUUUCCUUGUAAAUUAGCUGGGAGAAUUUGGUGUUAGAUCAAGAUGACAACUUUUCCCAAAUAAAUUUGAGUAUUCUCAUUACCUUCUUGCCAGAUAGUGUAUGGAUAUUAUAGGGAGAAGUAAUAUGUUAAUCACUUCUGGGAGUUAAAGGGUUAAUUCAUCUUCUGUUUUUGUGAUUGUUUCUCUCCAACAGCUAGAGUAAUUUGUACAAUAAACUAGUGUGUAUGUACACGUGUGUUAGUAAAUCACUGUGUAGUAGAGAAGAAUCAUUUUAGGUGCAAGUGGACCCUCUAAAAGGAAAUAAAUCACCAUUUUUCCUUGUUGAAUAUUUUUUUGUUUGUUUUUUCCCCUCCAGUUACAAGGCAGUGAGGGUGCAAACAUAGCAAGAUGCUUCAAGGGCAAGGAUUUUUCAGCAUUUAUGGCAGGUGGUAUUCAUGUAGAGGGCACAAAGUACCAAUUCUUGCGUGAAGAAGAUGGGAAGUUAGUUCUGGCAAAGAAGAAAGAGCACGGAGCCAUCACUUUGCAGGCUUCCAAGACAGCAAUUGUCAUAGCUCAUUGUCCAGAGGGAGGUCAGCAAGGCAAUACCAACAAAGGUGUCUCAGUAAUUGCAGAAUACCUCGAAAGCUUGGGCAUGUAACGCAAGGUUAAAUUCUGUUAGCACUUUGUAGUUUGUGGUAGAAAUCUGGUCUUCGUUUCUUAACCACAUUACCCAAUUUAUUUUUUUUGUUAUGUUUUCAUUGAGGCCUUGCUGUAGACAAAUUGGAGUUUAUGAAAUCAACUGGUUGCCAAUGAAAUGUUAUGUAGUGUACUGAUGAUGAUGAUGAUGAUGAUUGCAAUUUAAAGGCCCCCCUUUCAACAGGUUACAAGUUGACAAAAUAUUACAUCGUAAUUAUUGUUUUGAAUAAAGUAGCAAAUAAACUAGCAUGAUUAAUUAAUGUAGUUGGUUUCAGAAGUGCACCUAUUGUAAUUUGCAAAAGGGUGCACUACCUAAGUAUUUUGUCUCAGGAACUUGCUGUUCAAUUCUAAUAAAUCAAAUUCUUUGAGCUUUUCAUCGUGUGAAGCACUGGUAUCACCACAAUUUAACCCUUCACUCCCAAGGUCUGAUUAGCAUUUCUUCUUACUUUCUGUCAUAGAAUCUUUUGAUAUUACUUGGUAGAAUUCAGUAUUGGAUUAGCUUAACCCUUAAACUCCCAAGAUCUGAUUGUUAAUUCUCUCCUCUAGCUGCUAGACAUUUCCUUGUAAAUUGGUUACGAGA